GAGGAGAGGCGCAGAGCAUCGACGAUGGCGAGCGGCAGCAUGAAGAGGGAGAUCAGCGAGACCCACGACACCCUCCGCUUCGGCCUCAAUGCCGGCGUCAAGGCCGACCUCGCGCCGCCGCACCCGCUCCAGUCCAGCAUCCAAUCGGAGGCCAAGUUCUGGGCGGACAAGAAGAAGUUUGGGACAGAGGCCAUCUACGGAUCCGCCUUGAACAUCCGCAAGGAUCUCGAUGCCCAAAUCCUCUCAAGGUUCCAAAGGCCCCCUGGUGCUUUGCCAUCAUCUCUGCUUGGAUAUGAGGCACUGACAGGUUCCCUAGAUGAUUUUGGUUUUGAAGAUUAUCUUAACAUGCCUCAAGAUUCUGAAGGUUUCCGUCAACCUGACAUGCACCACGGAAUGGAGGUUCGCCUUGGUUUGUCCAAGGGACCUAUCUGCCCUAGCUUCAGUUGAGGCAGUGAAUGUAGUUCUGCGGUUCUGCCGCACGUUGAUGCACCUUAGUCCAGUACACUCGGGUCAAUAAAAGACCACAUUAGGAUGGUGAAACGGUGAAAACUGAUGGCUUGCAUAUGUUCAGAGUGUUAUGUUGUAAUGAACAGUGUUAUGUUGUAAUGAACGCAUAUAUCGCAUGAUUGAUAGCUUGGCUAGCUGUGCGCAGGCUUAGUGGAAGCAUUGACUGGGGUGCAGGUCGGCGCGAGCCCGGCUCUUAUGGGUGUAGGAACCAAUCACGCCGAUUGUGAAGCAUCGCAGUUGAGCUUCAGGAUCUCUGCAGCUGCAGGUGGCUUCUUCCGUACUCGAAUUAGAGGUGGCUGUGAAUUGCAAUCCUUUUGUUAUUUUUCUCUAACUUGUACGGAGGAAAGCAAUCCAUAGGAAUUUUUA